AUGCUAAUUUAUAAAAGUUACCUAUAUGUGCAAUUUUCAAUAAAAAACACUUUUUUUCUUGUGGACCUAAUCAUAAAUGAGGAAAGCUAAGUGGUAUACACAAUUAUAAACUCAAUUUCUUUAACAAUUUCAGUUUUAUUAUUUGGUAUGGAGGCAUUUAAAAAACAGAAUAUAUACGCCAACAAUAUAGGAGCAGUACUGUUGUGUGUGCUUAAUAUGGAGUCCAUAUACAAGGAUAUGCCCUAAAUAAAUACACUGCAAUUAUGGACAUUUAUAUUGAUUCUUGCUACACAAUUUGACGAUGUAUUAAAAUGGCAUAAAUUUAUGAAACACUCAAUCUUAUUGUACUUUUUGAUCAGAACCUUCUUAUAAACCAAGGAUUCACUGUGUAUUACUGAAUUGCUGACUUGCUUUUUCUGGUAACCUUUGAAUCAUUUGAUGUUGUAUUAGAAGAAGGAAGAUGGCCUGAUUCCAAUUCAGAAACAAUCUUUGGAUAUCACCAAAAGCAACCUAGAUUAGAAUCCAUAAAUAAUCAAGGAGUCAUCUGAUUUGGAUUUAGAAUACAGCAGCGUUUUGGGGAGUUUGCGUCUCCAACAUAAUUUGAAAGAAUUGAAACAAAUGGAACUCAAAAAUCCCUUUAUGUAACACAAGGAGAAUGUUCGGAACACCUGCACAUUGAAAGAAUUGGAACCGUCUCCUUCUAAAUUAGAAAUACCCUAGAUUUGGGAUUUAUUGCCUUUUGGAAUAGGACUUAUGAAUAAUCUAUUUGAAAUGGUGAUUAAUAAUUAAAAAUUUUUAUAGUUUUUAAAAGUGUCAGAUAAUGAUGGAAAAAACAUCAUUUUUAAUUUAGAUUCACUAUUAGAUUGUUCUGAAUCAUGGGAGAGUAAAUCCAUAAAGUAAGUAGGUUCCAAUUAUAGUAACCGUUAGGGUAGAAGGUUCCCAAAAGCUCCACAAGUGUCCAUAAUAUCAAAAGGGUUAAAUGACUAAAACUCGAUGAUUCCAGAUGGAGGCACAAAUCCAAACCUCAAUAAUAACUAUGGUUGUAGUUCAAAUACUAACAACCACAUCAGAGACGAAGUGAAGACAACUAAGACUAGAUUUAAAAAUCUGAAUAUGUUGUUCUCGAAAUUCAACUCAAAGUCUCCCUCUCUUGCAAAUAAUGUGGAUAACUCUGUUUAAUCAAUUGGCUAAAACACACAGAUAAUUAAGAUCGUUUAGGAAGUUGGGGCUCUGAAGUGCUACUUAAGAAUUAAGGUGUACGAGGUUGAAAUAAAUAAUAAAAUAAACUAUCUGUUUUUGAUUGAGAAUGUAUCAAAUAAAGAAGAAUUACGGCAGUUGAACAUCAGAUACAAGUAUCAAUAGGCACUUUUGAAUUCAUUGUGUCAUGAACUAAGGACGCCAAUGAACAGUACAUUGUCACAAUUAAAUGUGCUAUCUACAUUGAUUGCACCUGAGAUCAGAGUUAAAAAUUUACAGCCAGCAAUAAUUUCAGCCAAAAAACUCAUGUUUUAAUUGAAUGAUAUACUGGAUUAUGCUUAAAUAGAUUGCAAAAACUUCAAUUUGAGUAUUACUCAAUUUGAUACAAAUGAGAUCUUUGAAAUUUUGAAAGAGUUGUUUGAUCAAGAAUGUCAAGAAAAAUAGUUAGCUUUCAAAUUAAUUACUAAUGCUAAUUACACGGUUUGUAGUGACAAGGAGAGAAUACUUAGAAUCCUAAUCAAUUUGAUAGAUAAUUCAAUCAAAUUUACCAAUUAGCAUGGUUCCAUAAGUGUGGCAGUUUUAUAACAACAAUCAUAAAUUAUUUUUUCAGUAGAGGAUAAUGGUGUUGGAAUGGGGGAGAAGACUUUAAGUCAGAUCAGAAGAAACUGUGAUUUAAAAUAAUAUGACUCUUUCCUGGUUUAAUAAACUAAAUUAGGUCUAGGAUUGAAGAUCUCUUAACAAAUAGCCAAAUAUCUAUGUGUGGAUAAUGAAUUGGUUAUAAAUAGCACUGAGAAUGUGCAUACUAAAAUAUCAUUCAAAGUAGAAAAUCAUCAAAAAUAAGUAAGCUAGUAAAUGUUUCCAUCUUUCUAAGGGUUCAACUUUACAAUAAGUUGCAAUUGCAUACAAAUAUUAAUUGUGGAUGAUGUAAGAUUCAACCACAAUGCCAUUGAAGCACUAUUAUCGUAACACAAGAUGAAGAUGGAUAGUGCCUAUAAUGGUUAAUAAGCAAUCGAAAUAGUUAAAUAGAAGUUGAUAUCGCCAUGUUGCAAGACUUACAAGUUGAUUUUCAUGGAUAUAGAAAUGCCGGUGAAGAAUGGCUUUUAGGCGUCGAAGGAUAUCAAUGAGAUUCUGAAAUAGGAGAAUUUGAAUGAUUAAUGUGCAAUUGUGAUGUGUUCUGCCUACAAUGGAAAUGAAAACAACGACAUUAUGAGGAAUUGCGGCAUCAAAGAAGUAUUGCCUAAGCCAAUUGAGCAAAAAUAAUUUAAACAAUUACUUGAUAAAUAUUUAUUAUGA